CAAAACUGUUUUUGUCUCGCAUGCUGUGAUCUGGACAAUGAGCUCAUCAUGCAAAAUUAAUCUCCAGGAGAAGGAUGCUGAAGGGGUCAUGUGUUCAUGCAAAGCAAAACAGCUCUCAAUGAAUUCGUGCCUCACUGCAUUUCACUGAGUGUCUGUGUGAAGGCGUGUUAUCAUGAUCUCGCCUUACUCCGCUCUCACUGUGGUCGUCCUGGCCGUCGUUGGAGGCUGGUGCCUGUGUGCAGCUGAUGUUGGGGAUUUCGCUCCAUGCCUGCAGUUUUUCUACAAGUCUUGGCCUCCUAAAGGUCUGUCUGGGACCCCCAUCUGCCAGCGUUAUUACAACCAGUACCGCUUCGCCACCUUGUACAGUCGACCUCGACGCUCCCCGUGGUUUUCGGCAUAUGUUUACUCUGUACCGGCAGGGAAGAGACCCUCCGCAUCUUGGAAGUUUGAGCCACAGUUAGCCUACCCAGGAGCUGACGGCAACAUGAUCCCCUUCCCUCCGGGCCCUCUGGACCAGAACGUGGUGGAGAGCCAGGCGGUGGACCAGGACUACAUUAACUCCACCUACUCUCGUGGCCACUUAAACCCCAGCCUUCACCACCAGAGCCGCGAAAACCGCUCCGCCACCUUCACCCUCACCAACGUAGUGCCUCAGAAGGCAGCCUCUAAUGAAGGGCCCUGGGAACUGCUGGAGAACAGUGUCAGCAAAACUCUGGCGACCUACUGUCUCAGAGAGUCGUACAUCAUCACCGGCAUCAUCCCGUAUCUGAACGAAGACCGCUGGCUCAAGAAUCAUCGCGUUGGCGUGCCAGAGUAUAUUUGGUCGGCCUACUGCUGCCCAAGCUACAACAACAGUCUUCCAGCGAUACUGAAGGAUGCGUUUCCCACGUACGCUGCGAUCGGCCGCAACGACCGCAACAGCUCCCAGGAGAUUGUGCCCAUAAGUGAGAAAACUAAGAAACAGUUCAGGGGAUACGAUGUGAGACAAAUGCCACUGGAAACACUUGAGAUGUAUCUGAAGGACAGGUUCAAAACUGUUGUCAGUGUUUUUUAUGAGCGGUGCUCUGGGUCAGACUGAUCCUGCACAGACGGAGACACAAAUACACAAACUAAAUAGUUACAAAUGUUAAUGCUCAUUUCACGUAAUUCUGACAAAUACAAGUACAACAUUUCUUCCUCAUUUGGUGAAUUUUACUGGCAGUUAGAGCUCCUGUUGGUAAGAUAUUUGAUUACUGAGGCUUUGUACGUUGAGUCAGCCAAUAUCCAAAAUUGUUAGUAUUCUGUCUCCACUCUCGCCAGCAGACGAGGAGAUGUUAGUAAAGCAUAAAGACUGGAAACAGAGAAACAGUUAGCCUUUCAAAGAGCUCAGCACGUUGACCUGGCAUCCAAACAUUAUUUGAUGGCAGUGCCUCGCUCGCUCAAUGCUUUGACCUGGUCUCUAAAUUCCCCGGGUCCCUUCCCGAUCGAGCAUCCGUGGGACAUGCCGGAUUAAGAAUAAGGCCUAAUUAGGAGCAUCCAAACAGAACAUGCUGUUCACAUGACCUCAGGCUCUGAACACCUGUAGCUGGUCUCAGUGGUUUUAAUGCUGCAGCUCAUUUGAGACCCGUGGGCUUCGAGGUGCGGCCUCCAUGGAUCGGGCUUGUUCCUGCAUGUCCCACGGUUGAAUCGGAUUGGGGAAUUUUGAGGCCAGGUCGACGCCCUGAGCAAAUUUUGGUCCUCUGGCGGAAAAGUUUCUGUGCUGCCAUCAGGGAGUGCUGUUACCGUGACGGGGGUGGACACAGUCUGUGAAGGUGGACCUAAGUAUUCCCAGCAGAACACUGCAUUAUAACAAGAUGAUCAAUGUUAUUCUCUUCACCUGUUAGUCUUUAAAAUCAUUAAGGUUUUGUUAGGUGUAGGGACAUACACUACUCACUUCAGAGGGAUUGUGGUCCUGCUUUAAAGAAGCCAACACUGACUUUACUUCACUGACUGACUAUAAAGGACAGUCACAUGUUUCUUUCACCCAAAGAUAUUUAGGAAAACGGACUAGAAGUAGAAGUACCUCAUGUCUUCAUCACUUUAGUCAAGUUCUUAUCAGUUAAUCAGCUUACAGAUAUUUGUCUGUUAAGUAUAAAUAUGUAGCCAGAAGAUUCUUUAAGUUAGCUUAGCAUAAAAAAACAGGAAACACUGGAAACAAAUAGCUUAGAAUAGCCUAUAUUUAAUCUAUCUUGAGCUCACUUUUAUAUAAAAAUUGUAUCUUGUCUGUUUAAUCCACACAAAACAUAUAUACAAUGGUUUUCCUUUUGUCUAAGCACAUGUAGAAUUUAAAGUUUCCACUGCAACAAUCACUCUGGACCAGGAGGUGGUGACCUUGUGCAAUACAUACAAGCUGCAUUAGUACCAGCUUCAGUUGACUUUACUCUGCAACUGGAGGGAUUUUACCACUAAGUUUCAUCUAUUUUGAUUAUACAAAUAAACACUGGACCUCAUUUUUACAAAAUAA